AUGCCGCGAAACGCAGCACGAUUUAUGUGUGCGUGGCGGCUCAGCCCCCCAGCCUGCACCCUGCGCAAGCACAAGACGAACAGAAAGCCCCGGACGCCCUUCACCACAGCCCAGCUCCUGGCCCUGGAGAGGAAGUUUCGGCAGAAGCAGUACCUGUCCAUCGCCGAGCGCGCCGAGUUCUCCAGCUCGCUCAGCCUCACCGAGACCCAGGUGAAGAUCUGGUUCCAGAACAGGCGUGCCAAGGCCAAGCGGCUCCAGGAGAAGCUGGAGGCAGAAGCAGAAGCAACAGCUCUGACUCAUUUAACUACGAGUAGUAAAUUCUAA